AUGUCUAAUAGCGAGACAAAUGGGGCUCCUGAUGAGAGCAAAUCGGAUAAUGUGGAAUGCAUGGAAAAUGCAAUUAUUAAAAAAUUACGUAUAGAAAGAGAGCAAAUUAAAGUUUCUCUUAAAAGAUUUAUCGUGUUUUUGGACAAGUUUAGUAUCGACAAAAUCGAAAACUUAGAAGUUCGUUUAAAGAGCGUAGAGGGCUCACUCUUGAGAGAAUUUAAUGAAAUUCAAAGCAAUUUAGAACUAAGAGAUCCUGAUGAGAUGCAAUUGACUGAGCGUGAUGAUUUUGAGGAGUUAUAUUUUGCGUCCGUGGGAAAAGCGAUAAAAUUAAUUCGUGAAUAUUACGAGAAAAAAAAUACUGUAAAUGCCAGUGAGACGCAGAGCAUGACGAAUCAACCUCAGAUCGCCCAUCAAAGUGCAUCGGCGUCAAUGUCUCAUUCCAAGGGUUUUCCGUCAAUCGAGCUUAUCAAAUUUUAUGGCGAAUACGAAAAAUGGAGCCAAUUUAGAGAUUUAUAUAAAACCCUUGUACAUAAUGAUGAAUCAAUUGAUAAAGUAAGGAAGUUUUACUAUUUGCUCAGUUCUAUCAAGGGUGAUGCUGCUAAAAUCUUGGAGUCUAUCGAAAUAACGGAUCAAAACUAUGAUCUUGCGUGGAACCUACUAACGGAGCGUUAUGAAAACAAAACACUAACUAUAAAAAAUCAUGUUAAGGCCCUUUUUGAUUUGCCCACGGUCUCAAAAGAUAAGUAUAGCCUUAGAAAUCUAGUAGAUGAUUUCCAAAAACGAUUUAGAGCGCUUAAAUUGUUAGGUGAGCCAGUUGAUUCGUGGUCAACACUCUUAAUUUAUUUACUAACAAGUAAGUUAGACUUUAAAACAGUAACGCAGUGGGAAGAAUUUGUUAUUAAUAAUAAAAUAUCGAAUCAAGAGCUCAAAGAUCUUUUAAAUUUCCUCUCUGAUAGGUGUAAAUUGUUUGAAACAUCUGAUAUUCAAUUCAAAAAGGAGAAAAAAGAUAUUAAUAUUAAACCUUUCCUGCGUGAUCGGGAUUUAAAUAACGAUAAACGAAAGCACCAGGUAUAUACCGUUCAACAAAAAACGGCACAAAAUGCAAAAUAUAACAUAGAAUGCAUUUUUUGCCAAGGGAAGCAUUAUAUAUAUCACUGUGAGAAAUUCACAAAUUUAUCAAUUGCGUCGCGAAUCGAAGAAAUUAAAAAAUUAAAAUUAUGUUUUAACUGCUUGCGCUCAAAUCAUUCUUACGGCGAUUGUAUUUCCCAGGGUUGUAAGGUAUGUAACAAGCGUCACAACACGUUAUUGCAUGAGGACGCAAUACCUCAAAAUAUCGAAAAUACAAAUCCUACCGGGGAGCCUGGGCAAAUAAGCAGAAAGUCUACGUUGUCGGUGAAUCACAGCGCAAAAAAUGUUGAAGAGGUUUUAUUAUCAACAGCACUUAUUUUAAUUAAAGAUAAUGAUGGAAAUUGGCAGCACUGCAGAGCUCUACUUGAUAGUGGCUCGCAGUCCAAUUUUAUAACACGGGAACUAGCUGAAAGCUUAAAACUUCCAUUUUGUAAAACAAAUAUCCCUAUAACAGGUAUUGGGGAGUCCUCAAAAAAUAUUUCACAUCAUGUUUUAAGUAAAAUUAAAUCGUUGGAUAAUAGUUAUAUCACGGACGCAGAUUUUUUGGUUUUAGAUCGAAUAACAGAUAAACUACCUUCACAGACAUUUAACAAAUCGAUUGUAAAUUUGCCAGACAACGUUGUGCUCGCUGAUCAAACAUUUAAUGUUUCUAAAACAGUAGAUUUGUUGCUAGGUGUAAGUAUUUUCUAUCAGGUGUUAGGUACAGUCAAACAAGAACUUGGUCCACAAUUACCGAUUUUAUAUCAAACAUCUUUCGGUUGGAUAUUAUCGGGACCUAUAUCACUUUAUAAAAAAAAUCCUAGUAUCGUGUCCAAUCUUACUACGGUAAUGCAAUCCUCUCUUCAAGAGCAAAUACAGAAAUUUUGGGAAGUUGAGGAAUACCCCAUUCAAACCUUUUUAACAGACGCAGAACGCGAGUGUGAUGCGAUAUUCACAAAAACGUUAAAACGGGACACCGAUGGCCAUUUUAUAGUGACUUUGCCAAUUUUUCCAAAUUCUGAAAAAUUAGGUAGUUCUCUCCAUUCGGCAGUGAAACGAUUGUAUUCUAUUGAAAGAAAAUUUAAAAAAUAUCCUGAAUUUGAGCAACGUUAUUGCGAAUUCAUGAACGAGUACGAACAACUUGUUAAUGAAUCGAGUACAACGACCAAGUUGCGCGUAGUGUUCGAUGGUUCCUGCCCAACAACAACUGGUAUAUCAUUAAAUAACAUUCUCAUGAUAGGCCCGACAAUUCAAGAUGAAUUAUUUUCGAUUUUAGUCAGAUUUAGGCAACACACAAUUGUAAUCACCGCGGACGUCGCGAAGAUGUAUCGCCAGGUUAAGGUAUCGGAAGAGCAAUUGGAUUUGCAGCGAAUAGUUUGGCGCGACAACCCCAAUGAUGAAAUUUCACAUUUCCAGCUAGCUACUGUGACUUAUGGCACAGCGUCCGCGUCUUUUCUCGCUACCCGGGCUCUUCAGCAAGCCGCGAUCGAAAAUCAAGAGAUUUUUCCGGAAUCGUGCAAGGUGGUACUUAGUGAUUUUUAUGUGGACGACCUAUUAACGGGAGAAAACGAUGUACCAGGGGCGAUCAAAUUAAAAUCGGAAAUUAGUCAAAUAUUAGAAAAAUACGGUUUCGAACUACGUAAAUGGGUUUCAAAUAAUCCAAUGGUCUUGGGACAGAAACCCAUUGAAAAUGACAUCAACGAUGACGAUAAAUAUUAUGUACAUGAAACACGAGCUCCUCACCAUGGUGGCCUCUGGGAGUCCGCUGUUAAGCGUGCUAAAUAUCAUGUUAUCCGUGUGAUCGGAAAAAGUAGUUUGACCUUUGAAGGACUUACCACACUUUUUGCUCAGGUAGAGGCUACAAUGAAUUCUUCACCAAUCACUCCCUUGUCCGAGGAUCCCUUAGACUAUUCCUGUCUUACCCCCGGUCAUUUUCUGAUUGGUAGUCCUCUACUAUCUAUUCCCGAAAACGACCUUACCAACUUACCGUCCAAUCGCCUGAACCAGUUUCAAGAACUCCAGAAAAUGUUUCAAAUUUUUUGGAAGAAAUGGUCCAAGGACUACUUACUUGGUCUCCAGCAAAGAUCUAAAUGGCAGGAAGACCCCGAAAACACACUGAAGAUUGGUUCCAUGGUUGUGGUUAUGGAUGACAACCUUCCUCCCCUACAUUGGCGCUUGGGACGAGUGACGCAGACUCAUACAGGAGAAGACGGACUUUUACGGGUUGUAACGGUUCGAACUGCUGGUGGUGACAUUACACGUGUUGUGCAGAAGUUGUGCUUGUUACCAUUAGACAUUUAA